UGUAGUAGGUCACUUUCAUUGUUGCAGCGUGAGAUGGUCACAGUACAAAACCAGACGAAAAGAUAAUUUAAACAAAAGAUUUGGACAAGGAUACAGUUACGCUAUAUAAGGCCACAGGAGAGCAUUGAGGCCACCAGUUGCAGAUACAGUGAAGGCUGCUGUUUGGGCUUACAGGUAAGUAGAAGAUGGCAACUAAAAAUAUGGCUACAAUGCUAUGUUCUACAAUGCUGUUGCUUUUGUCUUUGGCAGUAUCAGAGACAUUUACAGCGAGGAUCAUUGGGGGUCAGGAGGUCCAGCCAUACUCUAUCAAAUAUCAGGCAUCCCUGCAGACUGAGAAGUUCCAACACUACUGCGGAGCAACCUUAGUGCACCCUCAGUGGGUGGUGUCUGCUGCCCACUGCUGGAGGCCGAGCACUCUAAUGAAGGUGGUGCUAAGUGAACACAACCUGGAGACAGAAGAAGGCUUUGAGCAGGUCUUUAAUGUCUCAAAGAUACAUGUCCACAACUAUAACUACAGGACUUUCAACAACGACAUCAUGUUCAUCAAGCUGAGUGAGCCUGCACAGAUGAAUGCCUAUGUCCAGCCGGUUGCUCUGCCUGAUGAUAACACUCCUCAACUUUAUAAUAACGACUGCACAGUGAGCGGCUGGGGUGUGACACAGGUUUACAGUAACUACCUCUCCCCUGUGCUACGUGCCGUGGAUGUGAAAAUUAUGCCUUACUGCUCUUAUUACUACUGGGGGAGGAUCACCUCAAACAUGCUGUGUGCUGGAUCCCAGAUGGGUGGCAAAGACUCCUGCCAGGGUGACUCUGGUGGUCCCCUUGUCUGUAAUGGCAAGUUUGAGGGUAUUGUCUCCUGGGGUAUCAGCUGCGCAAAUGCAUACUAUCCUGGAGUCUACACCAAAGUGCGGAACUACAUCCAGUGGAUCAACUGGGUUAUGGAAAAUGACACACCAUGAACAGUCACCACAAUCCUCGAUGAGCAGCCCAUUCACAACAUUAUUUUAAAUUGCCUUUUUUUAUUAAUAAUAACUUUACUUUGUUAUUACUUUGUAAACUUUACACACUAAGUUUAAUUGCAAUUUAUAAUGUUGGGGUAUGCUAUAUAGAGCCAGGGUUAUCAGUCAUUUCUAGAUCUAAUGUUUCCUGGAAAUAUGUUAACAUGCUAAUUAUUAAUUGCUUUUCAUUCAUUCAUUCAUUGCUCUGAAAUGAGAUACAGAAAUAAACCCAUUAUUAUUACCAUUAUUAGUAGUAGUAACAGGAAUAGUAGUGGUAGUAGCAGUAGUUGUAGCACGAUGUUAACGCUGCAUUAAUCAGUAGACCAGGGCAAUAUGGUUAAAAUCAGUAAUAAUAUCAAAGUAUCACCAGGCCAUAUUCAGCAUUUUUUUAAAAUUUUAUUUUACAUUGAAUGAAAUGACAUAUUUAUCUCAAAGUGACAAAUCUGACGAUCCCACAAGGAAAUAUCACCAGACUCUGCUGUUUAUGUCAGCUCUACAGACUGUUUGUUUGUCAACACAUUUCACAUUACAUCUCAUUCACAUUUACUCCAAUGUAAAUAUCCGAGUAUUGAUUGGUGUAGCUUUAAGGACAUCACACCAAAGUACUGGGUCAAUAAGCUGACUAAUUGUACCUCUUUAUUCUGGUGUAACAUUAGGAAAGUAUCCCCAGUCAGUGAAAUAUUUAUGCAGUUCAGCUGGGAUAAGCUUUUCAUUGUUACAUAUCUUAACAGGAAUUUCAAUAUAAUUUACAUAACUGUUUUUUAAGGUAUAAUGUCAUAAUCUGACCUACUAACCAUCAGGAUCAGCAGGAGUGCUUGUAAAGGUGUUUGAUUAUAGUAUGAUUACACUAAACUCUCCUGUCCGCAUACUUUGUGUACCCAUCGUUUUGGAUUUACAUGUUCAACUAUCAAAAAUGAGUUUGAAAUGUAGGUGUCCACAUACUCUGACCCAUGCAGUCUAUGUUGAGUUUCAGUCUGUUUAUUGUGGAUUUAAAGUAAUAAAACUGAGUAAUUAUCCAUUACA